CACCAUUGUAUCCAACCUGUGAGUUGAGGAGUCAGUUGGCGAAAUCUGCUUGAGUGGAAAAUGGAUCUCAGGCACUCUGCGUUUUUGUUACUGUUGUUUUGUUCUGCCUAUAGUUAUCGGUUCAGAAGUAGAGCUGGGAAUGUGGAAGACCCUGAACGAGUGUGGGAGAGACUGAAGACAGAGAACGGGGACGAAAUGGCUGAGACCCUUGUACCCAGAUCCUUUUGGAGUGAAUCAGAUAAUGGAUCGGCACCUCACGCAAAACUAGUUCGUGAGUAUCAAGCAAUCUCAGCCUUGGAGAACAAGAAAAAGGAUUUCAAGCCAGAAACUGGUGCCAGGCCCCUCCCUGACUGGGCCAGCGAUAUGUUGCUUGAGACUGUUAGCGAUUCUAUGGAAACUGAUACUUUUGCAACUGAAACUGCCAGGCCACAGUUAGUUGACAUCCUGUGCCAUGUUGACAGAAUUUAUGUAAGAAUCAAGAAGUCGGUCUUUAAGACUUCCAACGCACACAGGUAUCUGAAAUUUGGCACCUGUCGCGUUAACCAAGCUACCAAAGAUCAUUACUACUUUCUGUACCUUCUGACUGCUGACUGUGGAUUUAAGAAAAUGAGUACUGCAGACUAUCGUUAUGUUGGCAGUGUGCUCACCUACAAGCCAACCACUCCAGUUCUAAGAGAAAUGCCAUUUGACAUUCCCAUGCAGUGUAAAUUUCCCAGGUAUUUCCGCUCUUUUAAAGCUGGCUUUUAUCCUAUACUAAAAGGAGGCACAGUUUACAGAUCGCUCAACCCAGAAAGCAGUUUCACCCUUACUUCUCAAGAUGCAUUGGGGUUGGAAAUCACUGGUGCCCAGUCCUACAUCUUGGGCCAGACCAUGUACUUUCAGGCUAAGGAACUUGUAUAUUCUGAGGAGGUGUUUGCGGAGGUGGUGGCAGAGCAGAGGAUUUACAUCAACCACUGCUUCAUGACAGCCUUUCGAAAUCCCACCUCAAAUCCUAAAUAUACAGUCAUAGACAACUAUGGCUGUAUGGUUGACAGUAUGAUGACGGAUAGAUCAAAGUUCCUCUCUGAUCCCUCACAAACAGCCCUGAGAUUCAGUGUGGCUGCUGUGAUUUUCAAGGACAUGAUUUCCACUUUGUCUUCAUCACAGCAACUCUACAUGCACUGUGAUGUCUCUAUGGGACCACUUACUCCAACUGAAAGUUCAAAGACUUGCAACUAUGAUCAAGCUACCAAAGAGUGGAAGGAGCUGUAUGGCAGUGACUCUGUAUGCACCUGCUGUGAAUCAACCUGUCCCUCGGCAAAGCCUAAAUCUUCUAGGAAUGUGAUCUCAAGUCACGCUUUGAAGAUCGACUUGAGCAACAAUGGCAAAUUUCACCCUCGGAUGAAAUCCUCUGGUGCAGACUUCAGUUUGGAUGACCCCAGAAAGGCCAUGCAUGCGGACUUCCUAAAGUACUGGGCGGAGGACUAAAGGAAAUCUGUGAAAUUUUAAAAUAAAAUGGAUUCUCUUGUAACUUA